AUGGAAGACUCCGGGGAAAUGACGGAAACCGUUGAUGAACUGCUGGACGAUGUAAGGAAGAAAGUGACGGACUAUUUGAACGAUUCUCCCUUGAACUUUCGCCCACACGAUCUUUUCCUCUACUUUGAGGUUUCUUAAAUGUUACUUUUUUGAUGAUGCUAAUGAUGAUGCGUUGUAGGACGACAAUAUUGUGGCAGAGGAAGACUUAGAUCUGACUUUUCCGGAGUUUCGAAAGAAGUACGCGACCGACGAAGAAAAACAAGAUGAGAUGAUUGAUUCGCUGAAGAAAACAUUGCUUCUGGGAUCAGUUUACGUCGAUAAUCUCUCAAUAAGUGCGUUUUUCUUUCGGAUCAAGCUCUGAGUGGAGAUUUCAGGCACGAUAAUUGGGUUUUGUCGCGAUUUGAUGAGCAUUCCCGAGGCCUUGGCCAACUACCCAGGCUUUCCGAAAGCUCCGUCGACAAGUUUUCGCCAUUUUUUCGUCAAAUCUUUUGGCGAACGGUCUUCUACUACAAGAGAUGAAGAUAUAAUGGUAAGUAUGGACAUUUUUACCAGAAAAAUAAUCUUAAAAAGACUUUUCAAUUUUCUUUUUUUAGGAUCGAUUGAACAAAUUAACGUCAGAACGGGUUAUAGAUCAUUUGUCGGGAUGGCGCGAUGAAGUUGUUUUUUAUUUCUGAACUUGUCCAUAGAAAACGUUUUGCAGGUCUCUCAGUACAUCGAAGAUCUCGAAAGGUUCGAAGGAGAGUUUGGAAUGGAGUUGAGCUCAAAACAGAAGGAACGGAUCCAUUUGUACGUGGAACGAAGCACGUCGUUAGUGAACCAAAUCGAACAGAAAAUUGAUACCAAGGUUUUUUUUUUAAAUCAAACAGCUUUCGUUCUGAUUGCCAAAAUUUAGAAAGAGUCGGCAUCUGAAGACGAGCAAGUUUGGCUGGGAUUUCGGGAGGUUUCGCGUUUUUUUUUUGUUUUUCGGCCAAUAUCAUUACAUUUCAGCGCUAUACUGUUUCACUUGACGAACAGAUUUUUCUUGGUAUUUUUUUUAUUUUCUUUAUUUUGCAGGCAAUGCUGGGCAGUUUCUCUCACCUGCCUCGCGGAGAACAAGAAUCCGCGUGUCGCGAAUUGUUCGAGAAAACGGAUUCGCGCGUGCGAACAGAGUUGGGAAGACACGCGAGUGGGAUCGGCACUUCGAAGGCUCCGUCGGCGAAGAAACGUCGCCGGAUCGAGUUCUCGCCGUUCGUCAGAAAAUCGUCCUCCGUUCCACGCUCAAAUUCCGUUUCUUCGACGAACUCCUACAGCAAGGUGAGGUCCUAAAACUCUGGUCUAAUGAGAAUUCGACGAAAGUUAUUCCUUGGACUUUCCCUUUUCAUAUUGUCUUCUUACCUUUUUGAACGAGACCAUUUUCAAAAGGUUUCAUAGUCCAGCUGGGUCUUUUUUUCUAUUGAUUUUUAAUGAAUUUCAUCUUCAGAAUAUUUAAAAUGGCAGCUCUGUUUUUAGUAAGAAAAUUUUUUUCAAUAGAAAAUUCGCUAAAUUUGGCUCUUGAGCCUGUAAAAUCGAGACUGACUCGAGAGAAAAAUGAAGAAAAUAUCAGUUAAUAUUGAUGAAAAAUGACCUUGAAUAAGCAAAAUAGUCUCAUCACUGUCUCCCUUUGAGUUCUAUAUAUUCACUUCUCUCUAAAGUGUAUGUUCGAAGGUGCGGUUGGAAAGUCGAGAGCCGUCGUUCUCGCCCGGCUCAUCUUCAUACACGAAAGAAGAAGAAGAAAAGACGCCUUCUCCUAGGGCCGAAGAACAGAAUAUCGCGCCCACAACGUCGCCUUCUUCCAUGAAAAACCACAAGGAACCGUCAGCGACGUCUUCGAUUUCGCUCUCGGAAAAGCGCGUCCGCAAAAAGUCGAAACUACUUGGCGACGACUUCGCUCUUGGUAAAAUCUCAUGA